CACAUUCCUCCGGCGAAGUUACCACCGCACUCUCUCCGACACUUUCUCCAGUGAGGGGUGUCUCUUCUCUCACAGCGGAGACCCCGCUCUGCCGUCGCUCGGUCUUGGACAAAUCGACUUUGUGCUGGACUGGAAACGGCACUGCAGUCUCCUCUGAACAUUUGGGAAUACAUGAAGUUCGGUUCGUGUUUUUCCGCAAUCCAUUUCCCCGUUUCCGCCGACAGAUUCUCUGGCUGCCUGAUCGUUCAUCAGAUCUGGCUGCUCCCUGUGAAAGAUGGCGGUGUGGAUGCUGUCUCAGGGCUGGGGCGCAACACUGGAUUUGUUUAGCCAUCUAGCCGGCCUAGAGAGCAGACAACAUGCUUGAGUUUCUGUCGUCUGUUCUCCGGGGAUGGACUUUGUGAUCGCAUCGGCAGGGUACACAAACCCACUCAACAGCAGAGAUUUGAUCUCGUAUUGCGGGACUUCGCUGAGACUUUAGUCUUCGGCUAGCGGUGGGCUUCUUCGCCACUAGCGUCUAGUCUGCUGCUGGAAGUCCUGUAGUGUUAGCUAGCAGAGGCACGACUAAAGUGCAUGAAAAUGUCGGAUUCAAAGGUAAAAGUUGCUGUAAGAGUUCGGCCUAUGAACCGCAGAGAAAUUGAAUUAAGCACCAAAUGCGUUGUGGACAUGGAAGAGAACCAAACGAUUCUACACCCGCCGCCCUCCAACUCUAAAGGGGACAGCAGGAAACAGUCAAAGGUGUUUGCCUUUGACCAUUGCUUCUGGUCCAUGGAUGAAUCCAACACUCUUAAAUAUGCAGGUCAGGAAAUGGUGUUUCAGUGCCUUGGACAGGGUGUCCUUGAUAACGCCUUUCAGGGGUAUAACGCCUGCAUCUUUGCCUAUGGACAAACAGGCUCAGGGAAAUCCUUCUCCAUGAUGGGCAGUGGUGACCACCCCGGUCUGAUCCCACGGCUCUGCGGUGCGCUUUUCCAGAGGGUGGCGCUGUUGCACAGCAACGCUCACGCCUUCAAGGUGGAGGUGUCCUACAUGGAGAUCUACAACGAGAAGGUCCGCGACCUGCUGGACCCAAAGGGGGGGGGUCAGUCUCUGAAGGUCCGAGAGCAUAAGGUUCUAGGCCCAUACGUGGACGGACUCUCUCAGCUGGCUGUCACAAGCUUUGAGGAUAUUGAUUCUCUGAUGUCCGAGGGGAAUAAAUCUCGUACGGUCGCCGCCACCAACAUGAACGAGGAGAGCAGUCGCUCCCAUGCUGUCUUCAGCAUCAUCAUUACACAGACACUCUGUGACCUACAGUCAGGGAACUCAGGUGAGAAGGUGAGUAAGAUGAGUCUGGUGGAUCUGGCGGGGUCAGAGCGAGUCUCAAAGACUGGAGCUGCUGGAGAGAGACUGAAGGAGGGAAGCAACAUCAACAAGUCUUUGACCACACUGGGCUGUGUGAUCUCUGCUCUGGCAGACCAGUCGUCUGGAAAAGGGAAGAAUAAAUUUGUGCCUUACAGAGACUCUGUCCUCACCUGGCUACUGAAGGACAGUCUCGGUGGGAACAGUAAGACGGCGAUGAUCGCCACGGUGAGUCCUGCGGCCGAUAACUAUGAGGAGACGCUGUCCACACUCCGCUACGCUGACCGCGCCAAACGCAUCGUCAACCACGCCGUUGUUAACGAGGACCCCAACGCACGCAUCAUCAGGGAGCUACGGGAGGAGGUGGAGAAGCUACGAGACCAGCUCAACCAAGCUGAGUCUCUGAAAGCCCCUGAUCUGAAGGAGAGGCUAGAAGAGUCAGAGAAGCUGAUUCAGGAGAUGACCGUUAGCUGGGAGGAGAAACUGAGGAAAACAGAAGAGAUCGCACAGGAACGACAGAAGCAGCUGGAGAGUUUGGGAAUCUCUCUGGAAUCUUCUGGAAUCAAGGUCGGGGAGGACAAGUGCUUCCUGGUCAACCUCAACGCUGACCCCGCCCUCAACGAGCUGCUCGUCUACUACCUGAAGGAGCAUACUCUUGUAGGUGCAGACACAUCUCAGGAUAUUCAGUUGUUUGGAAUCGGAAUCCAGCCACAACACUGCUGCCUAGAUGUCACGCAGGAUGGAUCGGUCACUCUUAGUCCUACUGACAAUGCCAGGACGUGUGUGAACGGAACACUGAUACACACUCCCGUCCAGCUCUGGCACGGAGACCGCAUCCUGUGGGGCAACAACCACUUCUUCAGGAUCAACCUUCCGAAGCGCACUCGGCGCGAGCGCCUGAAGGAGGCAGAGCGGGAGAGCUUUGUGGACGUUGACGUGGAAACGGCCAGUGAGGCGUCGUCCGAGCAGGACUACAGCUACGAGUUCGCCCAGAUGGAGGUCAUGAUGAAGACUCUGGCCAGCAACGACCCCACACACUCCGUGGUGCAGGCUCUGGAGAAGCAGUACCUGCAGGAGAAGCGGACGGCUCUAGAGGAACAGAGACUCAUGUAUGAGAGGGAGCUGCAGUCGCUACGGCAACAGCUGUCGCCCGAACGACCCGCCCAUCACCAACGCUGCAGCCUCACCACACCCACCCCCACACACCACAGCAAAGUACGCUUGUGGACAGAGGAGAGAGAUGAGUUGUUUAGGCAGAGCCUGGCUCGUCUAAGAGAGCAGGUAGUCCGUGCAAACACUCUCGUGCGGGAGGCCAACUACCUCUCAGAGGAGAUGAGAACAUACACUGACUACCAGGUCACCCUGCAGAUCCCAGCAGCCAACCUCAGCGCCAACCGCAAGCGUGGGGCCAUCGUGAGCGAACCUGCCAUCCAGGUGCGUCGGAAGGGGCGUGCAACACAGGUGUGGCCCAUCGAGAAGCUGGAGAACAAGCUAGUGGACAUGAGGGAGCACUACUCAGAGUGGAGAGAGGGACGAGCAGUUAUGGGCGUGAAGCAGAGUAAACGGCCGGACCCGUUCUACGAGGCACAGGAGAACCACAACCUGAUCGGAGUUGCCAACGUCUUCCUGGAGUGCCUCUUCCACGACGUCAAACUGCAGUACGCAGUACCCAUCAUCAGCCAGCAGGGGGAGGUGGCGGGACGCCUCCAUGUGGAAGUGAUGCGCGUGUCUGGUGUGUUGUUGGAGCGUGUUGCCGGGAGCGACGACUCGUCAGAGAACUCCAGCGAGAGCUAUGAGGUCAUGGAGCCCAACGGGGAGAUGGUUCACAUGGCCCGCAAGCUCACCUGCAGGGUGCGUAUCCGUGAGGCGACCGGUCUGCCGCCCAGCCUGUCCAACUUCGUGUUCUGUCAGUAUGGGUUCUGGGAGCAGUCGGAACCCGCUGUGGCUCCGCCAGUGGUCAGCCCAGACACGCCCACUCAUCGCCACGCCGAUGGUCAGUUCACUGUACGCUUCGACCACUGCAGGGACUACGUGGUGCACGUGACAGAGGAGUUUGUGGAGUUCAUCUCUGAGGGUGCUCUCGCUAUAGAGGUCUGGGGUCACCGCUGUGCAGGAAACGGCUCCUCCUGCUGGCAGCCCAGUGCAUUGCAGGCCAAAACACGCACGCUGCAAGACAGGUGGAGUGAGGUGUCGAGGCAGCUGGAGCUGUGGGUCUCUAUACAGGAGCUGAAUGAGCAGGGGGAGUAUUCCUCAGUGGAGCUCCACACCGCUAAAGACGUCACCACAGGAGGAGUCUUCCAGCUCCGACAGGGUCACUCUCGCAGGCUGCUGGUGUGUGUGCGUCCGGUCCAGUUCUCCGGUACGCUGCCUCUGCUGGCCGAGGCUGUGCUCUCGGUAUCCAUCGGAUGUGUGUCUGCACGCUCCACCAAACUACAGCGCCCACUCGACAGCUACCAGGAGGAAGAUGGAGAGGUGGAUAGCUAUCAGGAGGAUGAUCUGAACUGUGUGAGGCAGCGCUGGUCUGAGGCACUGGUCAAGAGGAGAGAGUAUCUGGACGAACAGAUCAAGAAGAUCAUCAACAAACCUGAGAAGUCGGAGGAGGAUAUGGAGCGGGAGGCGCGGCUUGUUGAGCAGUGGGUGGGGCUUACAGAGGAGCGGAAUGCUGUGCUGGUGCCGGCGCCAGGCAGUGGAAUACCGGGAGCCCCCGCCCACUGGACACCCUCUCCUGGUAUGGAGGUUCAUACACCUGUACUCUUCCUGGACCUGAAUGCUGACAGCCUUGCAGUGUGUGAGCAGCUGACUGCUCCCCAGGUUGCGGGAGUGAACUCCAUCCUGCCCAAAGAGCACGGCAGCCAGUUCUUCUACCUACCCAUCAUCAGACACAGCAGCGAGGAGGUGUCGGUGGUGUGCUCGUGGGACUCAUCCAUCCACGACUCGUCUCACCUGAACCGCGUCACCGCGCCAGGUGAGCGCAUUUACCUCAUCGUCAAGGCAACGGUGCAGCUCACACACCCCGCCAACAUGGAGUUGGUCCUUAGGAAGAGGAUCGCCGUCAACAUCUACAACAAGCAGAGUUUCACUCAGAGCCUGAAGAGACGCAUGUCACUAAAGAACACACUCUACGCCUGUGGGGUCACCUACGAGAUCGUGUCCAACAUCCCCAAGGCGUCGGAGGAGCCGGAGGAGCGGGAGACUCUGGCCCUGAUGGCGGCGCGUGGGGAGGUGGACGAGACGCCGGAUGGAGAGACCUACAUCGAGAAAUACACACGCGGAGUGUGUGAGGUGGAAAACAUCCUCAGCCUGGAGCGCCUCCGACAGGCAGUGAUGGUGAAGGAAGCUCUGUCUGUUAAAGGCAGACACAUCAGGAGGAGCCUAAGCACUCCCAACGUACAGCACUCCUCAUGUUGCAGAGGAGAACUGUCAGGUUGUGAGGAUGAUGACAUCAAGAGCCAGUGGGAAAGUCAGCAGGACCUUACAGAGUGUGUGUUCCAGGACCCCUCAGUGUGUUCCACCCCUACUAAGAACCGCGAAAAUCAUGGUGCUGCCCCGGAGAGCCCGGUGUGGCUAUCCAGUCCAUUUAAGGUUCUGCCAGUCCAGCCGCAGCGCUUCCUACAGGCCCUGCUGCCCGUCAGAGAGGAACAGAGAGGUCGAGAGGCUCGACCACUACUGGGACAGGAGAGCAUGCGCUGGGCUGUGGAGAGCACAACGCUGCCCCCUAGCUGCCAGUGGCCACAGCGCAGUCACAGACUCACUCAGCCACCACAAGCACACACUGCUGACUCGGAUGAGGAGGAGUGCGAUGUCCCUGUGAGUCCGGUCCAGGGCGGGGUGCCGUUGGAGACGUAUGUUCCAGAAGACUUCGCCAACUUUGACGUGUACAACGCCAGCCUGGAGGGCAGUGUGUGUGUGCGUGGGGAGCGUGGGCGUGCCGGGGUGUGUGAGCGUGAGUGUGUGUGUGUGCGCGGGGAGCGUGCGCGUGAGUGUGUGUGUGUGUCGCGCAGCCCGACGGUGAGCAGCUGCACCAGUGGCUACUUCUCUCACAGCGCCUCCACCGCCACCCUCUCUGACGCCGCCCAAUCAGAUGCCACGCCAGCCGACGCCAGCCACUCAGACACCACGCUUGCUGAUGCCAGCCAAUCAGACACCACGCUCGCUGAUGCCAGCCAAUCAGAUGCAACGCUCGCUGACACCUGCCAAUCAGAUGCCACGCUGGAUGAAACCAGCCUAUCAGAAGCCACGCUUGGUGAUGUUGUUCUACCCAACAGCAGCAGCAGCAGCUCGGAGCAGCUCAGCAGAGACUGCUCCCACACCCCUGCUGCAGCCACACUCACACACAAACACUCACACACACAUUCCUCCUCGUCGCUGACCCCUCCUGGCCCCCCCCUCUGUGUUCUCAGCACCAGUCCCGAGUUCUCUGACUUCCAGGGGGCGGGAGAAGGACUGGGGGGGGACACCUGGCCCAAACUCACCUCCCUCGACCCCCCCAAACUGACCAAUGUGGACCCCCCCACCGAACCCAAACUUGCCAAUGGUCAGGGUCCCAGGCCACCCCAUGAGGGAUCAGUGGAGCAGCUCCCUGAUUGGAUGGCUCCGGGGGAGGGACCAGUGGAGCAGCUCCCUGAUUGGAUGGCUCCAGGAGAGCUGGUGUGGGUGGGCGGGCACUGUGGAACUGUGCAUUAUGUGGGCGGAGUCGAGUUUGCUGCUGGAAUCUGGGUGGGAGUGGAGCUGGAGCUAGCUGUUGGAAAGCACAAUGGUACGGUCCAGGGGCGUGUCUACUUCCGCUGUGAGGCGGGACACGGAGUGUUCGUACAGCCCGCCCACCUGAGCCGAGACCCGCCCAUCUCGCCUACGCAGCCCCCCACACCCCUCCUACUGUAGGAUAACACACGCACACACACACAUGAACACACACGCGCACACACUGCCUACACCACCGUAAUGCUGUUGGACACCCCACAUACACACACCAGACAGGUGAAGGUGGGAUAACAUCAAUCAGAACCUCUGGUCACGAGCACAUGAUGGCAGUACUGCCUGCAGCACGAUCUGGCCUGGUGUGUGUGUGUGUGCGCGUUCAUCUGUUUCUGUGGAGUUGCAGCAUUUCUAAACCAUCACCACGAGUCAGGACCAAAGAUGCAGCCCUUUAAUAUGCUCUGCACAUAGAGUAUAACGUGUAUGUGUAUGUGUGUAAGAGGGGGGUAUUAGUGCUCAGUGCCAUGUGAGUGUGUCUAGGCAAAACACAGCCAAUAAAUCUGCUCAGCAAAUAUACCGCUGUGGAAGAGUGUGUGUGUGUGUGUGUGCGUGUACCCUGUGGGAGUUGUCAAGUCGAUUUCACACAGAGCCUCUGCUCACAGCCUUAUGACCAGGCCACCGUUCCCAUGGAUGCAGCUCACCUGUGACCAGAGCCAUUGGACAUCACACCUGUGUACAGGUGUACAGUACACUUCUGUUUGUCACCAUGCACACCCUUCGGUUGCUAUGGAAACCCUAGUGUGCCUGUAGAGAGCCUUCUCUCCUCCAUGGACACGUGUGUGUGUGUGUGUAGCUUGUAGUGGGUGUGCGUCCCUGUGAUCAGGGUGGUUAAAGGAUGCUCUGUUUAUUUGUUUGUUUGUUUUUUGUGUGUGUUUGUUUGUUUAUUGAUUUUUCUGCCACUAGUGCGUUGAUGAAAUGAGUGAUCUGUUUGCACAAUGCUUCAUACUCAUGCCUAUAUCAAUGCCCAUAUGUUUGUUUACCUUAUACAUUUGGGUAGACUUUUGUUUGUUUGUUUGUUUAACUGGCUUGAGGACCAGAGGGAUGGUGGGAAAUAUGUCUGUGUGUGUGUAAAAAUGCUGUACCUGGUAACGGAGGAAGACAAACCCAAGACCUUACUGUGGAAAGGAGUACCGUGCUGCUCUCCGGGAUGAGGAGGUGUACAUACGUGCUGCUCUCCGGGACGAGGAGGUGUACAUACGUGUAUUUGAACAUAGUAUUUACAAUAUUAUAUUGUACAGAAUUGUAUUUAUACUGCAUCUCAAAAAUACUGUUUUAAACUGGUACAAAGAGCCUGUAGAAUACAGAACGUUUAUGACCUAAACUUCAGCCUCUGAGUGCUCUGUGUGUGUGUGUUGGUAGAUAAAGAGAUUGAGUAUGUCCUAAUGGAGAGGGCAUGUUGUAGACCCAGUCGCCUAUAGUAGAGCAUCACUAAGACCUGUUGAUUGUGUGUGUGUGAGAGUGAGAGAGAGGUGACAUAAAGGUGUCCCAACCAAAUUAAGUGUAGCUCCUCCUAGGUAACGUUAUUUGAGCGAACAUCAAUGGUAAUGUGUUAGCAAUAGCAUAAAAUGUGACCUAGCUUGUCAGGUUAGUUUUCCACUCAGAAUUUUGACCUAAUUUGAUUUGGACAUUAAUCUACCCUGAUGAUGGCCUGAAAUUCUGCAAUCAUAGUUGCCAGUUUUAUUGAUGAGCAUUUGUUUUUAAAAGGACAAUCCAUGCCAAUAAGAGAGCCAGAUCCCCUCAUCAUAAAUA